AUGCGCGGGAGCCGUGCCAGCAGUGCCAUAGCGACGUCAACGCCAAGCUUCUCGUCCACUGCGCAGCAUGUGGGCUGCAUCGCCACACGUAUUGCUUUGAGCCGGCGCUGCUGGCGAAUCCGACCAGCACUUUCAACGCUUGCAUACGCCAAGCGCCGGGCGCUGCCAUUGCCCAAGCCGCCUCGGCGUGUGGCACCAGCGCUGGUGACUCGGAAUGCCGACGACGACCUUGGCGAGCGCCGGCGCACAUCAGGCAAGUUUCGGCGCGUUGCGUGGGCGAUGCUCCACUACCGGCGGCUGCACCCGCCGCGUAAGGCAGUCGUGCUGGGCUCCAUCGCGAGCCGCGUCCAAGCGCACGUCAUGCACGAGCUCACGCCCGACGAGGCAGCGCGGCUCGGUGACUGGCACCUCAAAUACCAAGACGCGCCCGAGAACGACGACGAAUGGUAUAUGCCCAAGAAACCACCUCCAAUGACUGUCGAAGCAAACGACGAGCCCGCGCCCCUUGUGCCGGACGCGCUCGAAGAACCCGUGAAUCCAGCGGCCUUGCUCGUGCAGACGCAGCUGCAGCUCCAGACCGCGACGAACGAGGCGACGAAGCGUCGAAAGCAGCAACGGCACGUGGAGCUCAUUCGCGCGAGUCGCGAGAGCCAGGCCGCACGCCGACUACAGCGCUGGUACCGGCGGUGUCUCCAAGCCCGCGCCGACCACGAGGCGCGAACGCUCGCAGCCAUCGUGAUCAACCACUUUUUCCGCUCGGUCCUCGACAGGCGGCAUAAGCGUCAGUCCAAAGAAGCCUCGGCGGCUCGGCUUCUUCAAUCCCAGCGCGCCCACGACGCCAAAGUCGCGCUGCUCCACACCAAGCGAGUGGCCAAGGCGCGUGCGCGCAUCGGCGUCUUCCUGGUUCACGACGUGCUGCCGUACAUCAGUCUCCGGCUCCACGGCGCCAUUUGCAUACAGGCGCAAUGGCGCAUGCACGUCUGCCGGCGCCGGUACUUGCAGAACCCGCGGCAAGUCAGCGCCCGCCGGCUCCAGCGUGCAUGGCGUCGGUACCAAGCGCGCUGCCGACGGCUGGCGGAGGCCAGUGCCGUCCUCGCACGCUUUGCCCAGCGCUGGCGCGUGCGUCGGCUGCUUCGCCGCGAGAAGAGCCGCCUUACUCUUCUCACGGCGGUGCGCGCUCUGAACGCGAUCGAGUUUGACCCGGCGACAGCGACACCCGCGCAGCUUUUUGUCGGUCUCGGGACCUACUGGCAUACUCGCAACGAGCUCUGGACCGCCGCGCUGUGCUUUGAGCGCGGCAUGCGCCAUGGCGGGCAGCCGAGCGCCAAGGAGCUCCUUGCGAUGGGCGAGAGCCACCACGCGGCGUGGCACGUCUCGUGCGACGAGCUGAAUUUGCAAAAGGCCUACGACAGCUACAAGGCCGGGCUUGCGCGCGAUAUGAGCGUCAAGGACCCGCGCAUCCUCUUUGACUUCGCGCUCGUGCUCGUCGAGAGCCGCGAGUACGCCCCUGGCCUCGACUUGCUCCAGCACCUCCUCAGUUUGUACCCAACGUUUGAACAGAUCCCACUGGUGCUGCUCUGGACAGGCGUGGUACUGCUGCAUUUGCGCAGGUGCUCGGAGAGCUUGCGUUGCUUCACGUUGCUCAUGGAUGCGCCACCCAUCGCGUACUCUGCCGCCGACAUGACGCUACUCUGCGCGCUCUGCUAUCAUGGCUUGGGCAACGCAGCCGACUGCAAGCAAGGCUUGGUCACGGCGAUGGCGCUUCUCAAGGCAGCCCGCCGGAAAUCGACGACCAACGAAGCGCUCUUCGACCUUGGCAAGCGGUCGCUCCAGGCGCGGCAGUACCUCUUGGCCUACAACGUUCUCUUCUUCGGCCUCCGCCGCGCCAAGCACUCGACCAGCGAUGCGUGGGUCUGCUUCAGCGACACGCUCCGGCAUCUCGGCCAGCUCGACGAGAGCAAGCAGGCGCUCGAUGCGGCGCUGGCCCUCGACAGCACGAGCUCGCGGGCGCUCACGGCCGUGGCCCAGUGGCCGCCGCCACUGCAUGCGUUCGCGGCGGCGGUGACGUCGAUGACCGAUGCUGCGUAUCUGCAGAGCUUGGUUAGCGACGCGCGACAGCCAACUUAUUAA